CUCCCCAACAGCCAACUGCUUCCCCUGUCCUGUGCUUCCUCUGGGAACAUUCUCAAGACUCCCAGGCCCAUUAGGGUACCCAGGAGGGACCUCUGCCAGCUUCAAAACGGAUCAAACCCCCCCAAAUGAGGGUGAAGGCAAUAUAGUAGCUAAUGCCAUAGCCCAGUUGCCAGGAACAGUGCCGAUGAAGCUGGGUGCAGUGGCUCUUUGCUUCAGCCUCCUUGCAGCCGCUGUGUGGUUGGGCCUCUCAAUGACAACACCUGAGUCCACUGGAGAAGGAGGAGGAGCAGGAGGCGGAGGAGGCGGAGGAGGAGGAGGCGGAGGCGGAGGAGGAGGCGGAGGCGGAGGAGGAGGCGGAGGCGGAGGAGGCGGAGGCGGAGGCGGAGGAUGUGUUCCUGAAUCCUUGCCCAAAGAAGACAUGGGACUAUGCGGGAAUCUUGAAGUUUUCUACUCGGAGGUGGGGAAUAUCAGCUGCAAAAUUCUUCCCCGGUGCAAUGAAUACAGGCAGAAGAUCCAAACGUGGCCUGAGCCGAUAGUCAAGUUCCCCCAAGCCUUGGAUGCACUUGAAAAAAAAGACUCUUGUCUGGUUUCCCUUUCUCCUCUCCUCAUCCAUGUCGCUGGUGUAUUCUUGGAGGGUACACAAUAUCUGCUGGUGAUGGUGGAUCCAGAUGCCCCCAGCAGGAACGACAACAGGGCCAAAUACUGGAGACACUGGGUGGUGUCCAACAUCAAAGGUGCAGACUUGAAAUCUGGGAUUAUCCGGGGCAAUGUGAUAUCAGAUUACCAGGCUCCCACCCCGCCACCGACCACUGGCUUACACCGCUACCAGUUCUUCGUCUAUCUUCAGGGAGAUAGGGUCAUCUCCAUCUCUGACAAAGAAAACAGAAACCGAGGUUUUUGGAAACUGGAAAAGUUUCUGCAGGACCACAGGCUGCAGAGUCACGAAGCAAGUACCCAGUUCAUGACUGAAUUCGAUGGCCACAUACCACAAUUUUUUAGACGCAUGAAUGAAGCCAAAGGCAAAUUCAGUGAAAGAUAACGGUUCACUGAGCUGCCGACUUUACCUUCCAGAUGUGUGCCCAUGUCAUGUAAUCUACUACAAAUAGUCUUGGGUCAGAAUCUCCUCUUGGAAUCUUCCAAAUUAAAAAGAAAAGAAAAGAAAAGUCA